AUGGAUUCCAGCAACUCCACAUUCAGCGUGAAGAUAGUACAGACCACCAUUGUCAGCCCAAUCCUACUUAAAGCCGUCAUUGUCGUCAAUUUCUUUGUUUUCACUGAGGCGAUUGGUCUCUUUGGCAUUGUCGCAAACGUUGUCAAUAUUGUAAAUUUGAGAAGGCAAGGCUUCAGAGAUGGGUUUAACAUCACGCUAACAGCCUUGGCCGUGAGUGAUCUCGGGAUCUUGGUUACUCAACAGAUCUACAUUCAAAUUUAUAAUCCGUGGACGGAUGAGUCCCUCUUUGCAAUGCUGAAGAGCCACAUGAUGCUGUUUGUCAUUUACGCCAAUGAUUACUUUGUCAGAGUCAGCGGCCUGAUCACCUCCUUUGGUGCCUUCGAGCGAUGCCUCUGCGUGGUUCUGCCAAUGAAAGUCAAACUGGUCGUCACGCGCAAGACUUCAACCUUUGUGAAUGUGUCCAUCUUUCUGGUGUUGAUCGGUUAUGUUGUACUUCCGUAUAGUUUGAUGUACGUUGGCUGGAAGUACAUACCAAACGAAAACAAAACUAUCGCGUAUGUUUUCUUCAAAGAAAAUAGGAAUAGUAUUAUGAACCUAUUCUACAUUGUGGCUGGCAUAUUUCUUCCCUAUUUUACUAUUCUAAUGCUUUUAGUAUUUACUGUCAUAUUGAUAUCGAAGCUGAGGUCUAAGUCAGAGUGGCGACAGCGGGUCUCAACCCAGGGAAGACACGCCUUUCGUGAAUCGGACAGUGUCAGCUACAAAGAACGAAAAGUCACGGCCAUGUUGUCAGCCAUGUCUGGACUCUACGUCGUCUGCCUCCUGCCGCAUUCGGCCUUGAACUUGGCCAUGGGGUUGGUUGACGGAAUGAAGAUAUAUGGUAUCUAUUAUGAUAUCACUACUCUGGCCUAUACGUUCGUAGUCCUGGCGGAGACGGUCAACUGUAGCCUGACCCCGAUCAUCUAUUUUAAGAUGAGCUCUAAAUACAGGGAAAUAACUCUUGAAUUGCUUCGAUGCAAGAAGAAAUAA